UGGGGGUCUCCCGCCAUCUUCGCGGUCUCCGACGGCACCGGCGGGGUCGCGCGGGCGCUGGCGGUGGCCGGCUUCGCGCAGUUCGGGUCCAGCGAGGAAGCCGACGUGCAGGUGUGCCCGGGCAUACGCAGCGAGGACGACGUGCGGAGCGUCGUCCUGCGGGCGGCGUCGGCGGCUCCGCAGGACUCGCUGCGGAUAGAGCAGGCGGGCGCGAUGCUGAUCUACACGCUGGCCUCGCCGGAUCUCGGCGACCUCCUGCGGCGCGAGGCUGGCAAGAGGGGGGUGCCCUGUAUCGACGUCCUGGAGCCGGUGCUAGUCGCCAUGGAGAGGUGCUUUGGGCUCAAGCGCAGCCUGCUCUUCUCCGAGGGCGACCAGCUCCUUGACGGUCUUGAGGCGGACGAUCGGACCGUGUUCGCGGUGUCCGACAGCUCCGGCGACAGCACGUUCGCCAUGGUGUGCGCCGCGCUGCAGCAGUUCCCCGACAGCGGGGUGCGGGACGUCACCGUCUGCGCAGAGGUGCUCUCGCUGGAAGAGAUCAACCACAUAGUGGAUGAGGCCGACGCUGUCGACAGCCUGAUUAUCUUCAGCUUCGCAUCGUCGGGCAUGAGCCGCUUCAUGCGGCAGCAGUGCUCACGGGCGGGGGUGCCCUUCGCGGACGUCUACCAGCCGGUCCUGGUGGCCCUCGAGAAGUAUUUGGACUACCCCCCCGUCGGGGUGCCUGGAGGCCACGACCUCAACUCGGGCCAGGACUGGCACGAGCGCUGGAGCAAGCUGCCCGUGUGA